AUGCUGCGCCGUCAAAAUCGUGAACGUCGCGACUACCUUUACCGCAGAGCUCUGCUCCUCCGCGAUGCCUCUAUCGCAGAAAAGAGAGCCCAGCUGAAAGCCGCACUGGCCUCUGGCAAGCCUCUCGACCCUUCGAUCGCAAAUGAUAAGGCUCUUCGGGAAGACUUCAAGUACGAUGAAUCGAAGGAACAAGAUGCUGAUAUGGAUGUCGACGACGAAUACGCUUUGACUUCCGGCGUCAUUGAUCCUCGCCCGCUGGUCACCACCUCCCGCUCACCUUCUGCUCGUCUCGGUGCUUUCGCCAAGGAAAUUCGUCUUCUCCUACCCACCGCUAUCCGACUUAACCGUGGUAAUCUCGUUCUACCCGAUCUGGUGUCCAGCGCUACUUCUGCUGCUCUGACCGACAUGAUUCUGUUGCACGAGCACCGUGGUACACCAACCGCGCUUACCAUUUCCCAUCUUCCUCAUGGCCCGACUGCGAGUUUCUCUCUUCACAAUGUCGUUCUGCGCGCGGACAUCCCCAAUGCUGCCCGCGGUACUGUUUCCGAAAGCUAUCCUCACUUGAUCUUCGAGGGCUUCAAGACCAAGCUGGGUGCCCGUGUAGUGCAGAUUUUGAAGCAUUUGUUCCCGCCUCGUGAGCCUGGAAAGGUCGGCAACCGUGUCGUGACUUUUGUCAACAAGGAAGACAGCAUUGAGAUGCGGCAUCACGUCUUCGUGAAGACUGGUUACCGGGACGUUGAACUUGCUGAAGUCGGCCCCCGUAUGACUAUGCGCCUCUUCGAAAUUCGGGGAGGCACUCUCGAGAAGGGCUCCAGUGGAGACGUUGAAUGGGCCCUUACGCAGUAUACAAGAACAAGCAAGAAGAAGGACUACCUUUGA